AUGGCGCCCAAGGGCAAGGGCGGAGAUCAGCCCAAAAAGGCCAAAACCACUGUCGAGGACAAGACGUUUGGCAUGAAAAACAAGAAAGGUGGCAAUGCUAGGAAACAGAUAGCCCAACUCCAAGCCCAAGCCAAAUCCAACAAGUCUCCCGAAGAGAAACGAAGAGAAGCCGAAAAGGAACAGCGAGCCAAAGAGAAAGCAGCCGCCGAAGCCGCCAAGGCAGAGGCUGCCGAAUUGUUCAAACCCGUUCAAGUCCAGAAAGUGCCUUUUGGUGUCGACCCCAAGACCGUGGUUUGCCAGUUCUUCAAACAAGGUUCCUGUGACAAAGGCAAGAAGUGCAAAUUCAGUCAUGAUCUAGAAGUCGGGAAAAAGGUGGCCAAGAAGGACCUGUACCAAGACACUCGAGAAAAGGAAAGAGAGGAGAAAGAGAAAGAUAAUAUGGAAGAUUGGGAUGAAGAGAAACUGCGGAAAGUCGUGCUCAGCAAACAUGGGAAUCCUCGGACAACCACGGACAAGGUGUGCAAAUAUUUUAUCCAAGCGGUGGAAGACGGCAAAUAUGGCUGGUUCUGGACUUGUCCCAACGGAGGAGAUAAAUGCAUGUACAGACACAGCCUGCCACCGGGAUUUGUGUUGAAGACCAAAGAACAGAGACGUGCAGAAAAGGCGUUGAUGGAGAAGUCGCCGCUCCAUACCUUGACGCUGGAGGAUUUCCUGGAGUCCGAACGUCACAAGCUGACGGGCACAUUAACACCCGUAACGCCAGAGACCUUUGCAAAGUGGAAAAAGGAGCGCCUUGACAAGAGAGCCGCUGAAGAAGAGGCUCGAAAGGCCAAGGAAGCAACGGGCAGAGCGAUGUUUGAGAGUGGUGAUUGGAAAGACUCAGAAGACGAAGAUAGUGACGACGACGGUGACGACCGAGGAGCAUGGAACCUUGAAGCCAUGCGUAAGGAAACCGAGAGACUUCGAAUGUUGAAGGAAGAAGAACGAUUAGCCAAAGCAGCUCGUGAACCCGUACCGGAUCGAAACGACGAUACGAACAGCAAUGCGAGUAAAGAAGGCGAUGGUGAUACAGGAGACGGCGAUGGUGAUGGGGAAAGCAGUGGAGGGCAGAAUUGA